GCUUCGUGGAUCUUUGCUUGGGGGAAAGAUUGUCUGGAACAUUCGACCACUUUUGGCCUCAAUUUCUCGCUGUAAUUGCAACCAGAACUCUCUGAAUUACUUCUGAAAGCCUCACCAGUAAUUCUACUUGCCUAUUUGAGGCUUAGAAGGUACUUUAGUUCAGUUGGACGCCACAGACUUGAGAUAUUUGAUAGACGCUUCACUAUGUCUUGGGUGAAAGAGAAGAAAAAGCCCGUCGAUCUAUCAAAGUACGAUGACAUCGAUGAAGACCUGAUAGUUGAAGGACUUACUGAAGAUGAAAUAAGAGAGCUAAAUGCAGCGAUUGACCCAGAGAAUGCUCUMCUACCUUCCCACAUGCGUAAUGCGUACUCAACAGACAAAACACCAUCAGGACCAUUUGACAGAAAAAAGCUGUUAGCUCAUCUAGAGGAACAAGCUAAGAAUGAAGAAGAAAGAGAAGAUGCUGUUCCCUACAAGAAAGAAACUCGUGGCAAGGUUUACAUCCCAAAAGAUGUUCCUAAACAAGAAGAAGAAAUUGCUGAGGUUCCAGAGGAAUUUGCAGACAUCUUGGAAAAUGCUACGGAAGAAGAACUUCUGGAGUUAGCUGGUGUCCUUGGUAUUCACCAAAUGUUGACACAAUCUCAAAGUCACCAAGCUGAGAAAGAAGCGUCUGGUAGAGUAUUGAAAGGCAGUGGUCUAAAGAAGUACACACCAGGAAUUGUAAUGGGAGCYAAAGUUAAAAAGACAGAUCUCACAGCAAUAAAUGAACUAGACUUGGACAAAGCAAUGAAGAAACUACGUCGAAAUGAUGGCGGACUGACAAAACUGAACCUAAAUAACCACAAUGAUGUAACCCCCAAAAUACUGGAAGAGAUUGCUGAAUUGUUAAAGACAAAUACACACUUAAAAUAUCUUGAACUUGCAAACACCCAAAUGACUUGUCUAGUAGCUGAGAAAUUCUUGGACUGUCUGAAAGUAAACAAGACACUCAGAAUCCUCAACUUAGAAUCUAAUUUCUUGUCUAGCGAAAUGCUCUUGAAAUUUGUGAAAGCUAUCAAAGAUAAUACUACCCUCAGAGAACUCCGACUUGAUAAUCAGAGUGGUAUUGUUGGAGCCAAAUUCGAACAGAAAAUUGUAGCAGCAUUAGAAGAAAAUCACACUUUGCUGAAGUUUAGCCUGAGCUUUGAUACACAGUAUCCAAGAAUACGUGCUGCAGAAUUGAUGGUCAGGAACAAUGARGCAGCUCGACUAGCAAGAAAUGAUGAAAAGGAAUCAGAAGAAGAAGAAGAGGAGGAGCAGGAGGAAGAAGAUGAGGAGGAAGAAGAGGAGGACGAGGAAGAAGAGGAUGACGAGGAGGAGGAAGAAGACGAGGAGGAGGAGGGAGAAAAGUAGAGUGCAAAUCUAGUAAUCUAUUCUAUUAUCUUAGGUCAAAUAAUGUACAUUUCUUUGCCAAAUACGCUUGUCCAUUUACAAACAUUGACAGGAAAUAAAACUACAUCAAAAAAGGAAGUAAAAGUGUACUCAAACAGGAAGUGAAGUGUAUUCAGACAGGAAGUAAAGUAGCAGGAAGGACUAUUGAUUCCCAUUGAUAUAAUAUUGUACACCAUGUAGUUAAAAAGUAAGUUGAAUUGGCAUCAACAAUUCAUCACUUUGAACUGUUUAUUGUACUCCAAGUCCAUCAAGUGAACAAACACAUUUUUACAUACUACUUAAAACUAGUAGAAAAUGUUGAGAUCAUUCAUGUUGAAGUUGAGUUAGACAGAAAGCAUUGAUUCACCUACAUAUAACCUACUUUGCAUAAAACUCUACUGAUCAGGAUUCCUGUGGAAAACUUUGACAAAUAAAGGCAGAAGAAAGGAAGAAGUCUUUGUUUCUAAUCUCAUGACACCAGGUCUUCUCAAUCAAGAUUAUACACAGGUAGACCAAGACGAUCAAAAUAUCUGUUUCCCAAAUUCUUGCUUCCAUUUGAGUGGUCUGCAAAGUAUGCUAUACUUUACUAAUAUUUCCAGUAAUUGUUUGACUCAAGAGGGAAAUAUCUAAAUGAUUUGCUACAGUGUAAUACAUGUAGUAUUCAUAAUAAUCAUGUAUUCUAGUCAUUCUAGAAAACCAAAAUAACUAAUGAGACACAAGUUAGGUGUCUUCCUAUUUUGCUUUCGAGCCAUCUUAAUUUAAUAUAAACACUUUUGUAGAAAGUAGUGUUAAACUUUCUUGGACUGUUGCUGUCAUUCCUUCUGUCAUUUAGCAAUCUAUUGAUUGGAUUUUAUCUUGUUUUAAACCUAUUUAACCUUUAUUCCUUAAUUGUGUUGUCUUUAUUUUGUCACAAUCUUGGCCUCUGUAUUUAUCUAUUUUCUCUAGUGAUCUUAUAUGACCUGAUUCCAAUUAAAAUGUCUCUAACAUUGUAUUUAGAGUUUUAAAAUUAAAAAUAAAACUAAAUGAAUGAUU